AUGGACGAUGGGAAGCUGUCCCUGGAGGAGUUCCAGCUUUUCUUCGCAGAUGGCGUUCUCGAUGACAAGGAUCUGGAGGCUCUCUUCCACACCAUCGACUCCGACAACACUAACCCUGGUGUGAGUGACCCCGGCGCCAGGGUCAACUCUAUCACCUUGGUGCUCACCGGUCCUGUCUUCGACCGGACCAACCAGAUACGCAUCCUGGUGUACGAGGGCGGGAGCAACGUGGACCAGUUUGUGACCCGCUUUCUCCUGAAGGAGACGGCCAAUCAGAUCCAGUCGCUGCUGAGCUCCGUGGAGAGUGCGGUGGAGGCCAUUGAAGAACAGACCAGCCAGAUCCGACAGAACCACAGCAAACCCAGCCACGGUGCAGUGGAGACCUGGUGUGCCGGCCCCCCUCCCCCCCAGGCCCCCAACCACAAGCUGGGGGCCAUGGAACAAGGGAAGAGUCUUCCACCUGCUUUGGAGCCCGGGGCCGUGCGCUGCGAAACUGCCGAGUAUCCAUCGGGUGCUGUGUUCCGGACUCUGGCGUGUGUCGGUGACAGCGCGCCCGGGGUUCCUGCUUUCCUGGGGCUGACGACCCUUUGGUUUGACCUUCAGCAGCGCCUCUCAGAUGAAGAAGGCACCAACAUGCACCUGCAGCUGGUCCGGCAGGAGAUGGCCGUGUGCCCCGAGCAGCUGAGUGAGUUCGUGGACUCCCUGCGCCAGUACCUGCGGGGGACCGCGGGGGCCAGGACCUGCUUCCACAUCGCGGCAGUGAGGCUGGCCGAUGGCCUCACCUUCGUGGUCUAUGAGUUCUGGGAGACAGAGGAGGAGUGGAGGAGCCCCCAGGCUGUGGUCCUUGUCAGGGCGGCCCGAGGACCCGAAUCCGCCCUCCUCGGCAUUGCGCCCGAAACCCUCUGA